GCUUUCCUUUCCUAUUCACAUAGUGGUGUUGUGGAUUUUGUAAGCGUUUCGACAAACACUACUGUACCCCGUGGCACACUUCGUUUCCCAGAAAUUCCCAGAGGAAUCACGGUGAUCGAAGCGGAUCCUGAUCGUAACCAGCUGAUUCUUGUCGACAGAGUUUCGAAUCGUAUCCUCAUGUUCAGUUUCACCACAAAUGAUUGGUAUUCAGUGGCCGAUGAUGUCGGUGAAGUGGAGGGUAUCUCUCUGGAUGCUAUGAAUCGUGAACUUUACUAUACACGACUAACGCCGCCGUCCAUCUGGCGUCUCAGUCUGUCCGCUGACGAUCCGGCCAGCUAUCCAGUCGUUUCAACACGUGUCGCUUAUCUUGGCCAAGGAAACAAACCCAAAGAUAUCGUCGUGCAUCCGUGCAGAAUGCUGAUCUUUUUCACAAACUCUGGUAAUGUACCGUCUAUAGAGCGAAUGUAUUAUAGCGGCUAUAGAAGGGAGCGUAUAGUGGAGGAGGAAGUGAUUGGUGACACUCGGUUGUCCAUCGAUUUCUCGGCUGAAAAACUCUAUUUUGCUGAAAUCACCUCAGCUAAAAUCUACCGGGUUGAUUUUGAUGGACGAAAUAAAGAGAUUGUCAUUCCUGGCACGGAGAACAGAACAACACUUCUUCGCCGUCCAUAUGCAUUGGCUAUUGUUGAUGACCAACUCGUUUACAGCAAUAUCGGAUCUUACGUACCGAAACUAGAGCUUGUCAUCGCGGACAAAAUUGACGGUCUUGGCGAGCGACUAGUCGUCGAAACGUCCACACCAGUGCAAAGUAUAACCGUGUCAAUGAAGAACGCCCAAAAAUGUGGCGCGGAUGCGUGCGCGUCGCUUGUUUGUGGUGAUGAAUGCCGCCUGGAUGCGCGGGGGCAGCCUCACUGUGCAUGUCGUGGUGAGCGGAAGCUGAAUGCGGACAAUGUGACUUGCAGCGGAAGUGAGUAUGCGACAAAAACAUGUGCCGAGAACGAAUUUCUUUGUAAACUUGGUGAUCGAUGCAUUCCGUACGAGGAGACCUGCGAUAGAUAUCCAGAUUGUGUUCAUGCUGAGGAUGAAGAUGAGGAUAUGUGCAGUGAGUGGUGUUGA